GCAGCCUUUGAUGUUGGGCUACAUUGUAGCCAGGCUGACUUGCAAACAAUGGAGCCGUGACAUUGAUAUAUAUGUAUUUUGGAGCGGGGCGGGGAGCUGAUCCUGAAAACGGAAGGGCUGCAGAAUCCAGCCCAGCCCAGCCGGCAGGUGACCUGAUGCACAGCCAGUAAAAGAGGAUCCUUUGUGGGGCAAGGACACCACCCCCACCCCUGUGCAUGAUGGGCUUUGGAAUCCAGCUGGCGUUGCUGCUAUGGAAAAACUUCACCUACCGCCGUCGACAGACAUUACAACUGAUUGUUGAAGUCCUGUGGCCUCUUUUCUUAUUUUUCAUCCUUGUGUCUGUGCGUCGGUCAAACCCGCCAUUUGAACAACAUGAAUGUCAUUUUUCGAACAAGGCCCUCCCAUCGGCUGGGACUCUCCCCUGGAUUCAGUCUCUCUUCUGCCACAUCAACAACACCUGUUUUCGGUACCCGACGGCCGGAGAGACCCCAGGCAUUGUGGACAAUUUCAACAAUUCCAUCCUCUCCCGUCUCUUGGCCGAUGCUCGGAAGGUGCUCCAUCGCUUGAACGACACACAGAUCCGAAGCAGCUUCUCUCAACUCUCGGCCGUCUUAUUCCAGCAUAGCAACCAAAGCGAUCCACGUUCGGCCUUGCAGGUUAAGGCCUACCUGAAAAACGACGAGACUUUCUCUCAGUUCCUCCGGACGAACACCUCCCUUCCGCCCGCCUUGGUGGACGAACUUCUGGGCGCCCACCUUGACCUCCGUGUGUUCUCCCGUGCUGGCCAGCCGUUGAACCAGAUCGUUUGCAGCCCGUCCGUCUUUUCUGAAUUUCUGGUGGUGAAGGACGCCAGGUCUGCUGAGCACCUCCAGAAGGCGAUGUGCUCUUUGCCGGAAUCCACCCUCCAGGCGCUGGAACGCAGUUUCCUCUCCCAGGUGGACUGGGUCAAAGUAUUUACGGAACGGUUCACGUCCGGAUCAUUUGACUUCAUCAAGGCUGUGGAAUCUCUCUGGGUUUUCCUCCGGGGUGUGGAAUCGCUCGCUAUGGAGGUCUCCUCCCUGGCCAGUUUUGUGGAAUUCCGGGAAGCCCUCCAGGUUUUAUCCGGGCAGGCAACCAACGCAACCGUCUUGCGAGCGUUCGAAACGGCAUCCCGCCUGGUGUGCGGCCACCCGGAAGGGGGAGGGGUCAAGGUCCCUUCCUUGAACUGGUACGAGGACCACGACAUCAAAAGCUUCCUCAACCAGAACGACUCGGAGCCCAAGACGGUCUCCCUGGAUAACGCCACCAGCCCCUUCUGCAAGGACUUGGUGCGGAACCUGGAAUCAAAUCCGUUCUCGCGCAUCUUGUGGAGGGGGAUUAUGCCCCUGUUUGUUGGCAAAAUCUUAUACGCCCCUCUCACGCCGGCCACGCAGAAAGUAAUGGCAGAGGUAAACCGAACAUUUCAGAACUUGGCUGUCUUACGUGACGUCAGGGGGGCUUGGGAAGAAGUGGGACCCCAGAUUUACACCUUCAUGAACACCAGUCGAGAACUGGGAGCAAUCCAGAACCUGCUGGCAACUCCUGGCGUGGCCCAGUUCCUUGAGCAGCAGCUGCAGGGAACCUUCUGGAACGUCUCCACCUUGCGGACCUUCUUGGCGCCCACGAGCGAUGGAAAAGGCUAUACUUGGCGCCAGGCUUACUCCGACGUGGACUGGUUCAUCAGCACUCUGUCCCAGUUCAUUGAGUGCGUGUCUCUGAACAAGAUUGAGGCGGUGGCUUCAGAAGAUCAGCUCAUCGGGCGGGCCCUGGAGUUGCUGGAGGAUCGGCAGUUUUGGGUCGGGGUUGUGUUCCUCCUGCCGGACAACCAGACCGAUCGGGAGCCUGACCUGCCUCCCCAUGUUCGGUUCAAAAUCCGGAUGGACGUGGACGACGUCACUCGUACCAAUAAGAUCAAGGACAGAUUUUGGGAUCCGGGACCGGCCGCUGACCCCUUCAGUGAUUUGCGGUACGUCUGGGGCGGUUUUGUCUACAUUCAGGAUCUCGUCGAGCAAGCUGUAGUGCGGGUUCUUACCGGGACGCCGACUCCGCAGCAUCGCACCGGGAUUUACAUCCAACAGAUGCCUUACCCGUGCUAUGUUGAUGAUGUAUUCCUGCGUGUCUUGAACCGCUCCUUGCCUCUCUUCAUGAUCCUGGCGUGGAUCUACUCCGUGGCGAUGAUCAUCAAGGGGGUGGUCCACGAGAAGGAAGCCCGCCUCAAGGAGACCAUGAAGAUUAUGGGGCUCAGCAGCGCCACCUUGUGGCUCAGCUGGUUCCUGAGCAGCUUCAUCCCCUUUCUUAUCAGCGCAGCUUUGCUGGUGCUUAUUCUUAAGGUCGGAGACAUCCUUCCCUAUAGCGACCCGGCCGUGGUCUUCCUCUUCUUGGCCACGUUUGCCGUGGCCACCAUCUCCCAGUGCUUCCUCAUCAGCACCUUCUUCUCGCGAGCCAACCUGGCGUCAGCUUGUGGAGGCAUCAUCUACUUCUCCUUCUACUUGCCCUACGUUCUCUGCGUGGCUUGGCGGGACCACAUCACGUUCCCCCUCCGGCUGUUUGUGAGCCUUCUGUCCCCCGUGGCCUUCGGCUUUGGGUGCGAGUACUUCUCCCUCUACGAGGAGCAAGGGGUCGGCCUUCAGUGGCACAACGUGAACGCCAGCCCCGUGGAAGGCGACCGCUACACGUUUGCCACCUCCGGCGGGUUGCUCCUCUUGGACGCCUUCCUUUACGGGCUGGCCACGUGGUACAUCGAAGCCGUCUUCCCAGGCCAGUACGGCAUUCCUAAACCUUGGAAUUUUCCCCUCCUAAAGACCUACUGGUUUGGAGAAUCUUCUAAAGAUGGUUAUCCACACCCUAUUCCCACGAAUACGCUUCACUCCACUGAAGCUCUGGUGGAGGAGCCACCGGCUCACCUGAAGGUGGGCGUCUCCAUCCGCAACCUGGUGAAGAUCUAUCACAGCAGCCGCAAAAUUGCCAUCAAUGGUCUGAGUCUGGACUUCUACGAAGGCCAGAUCACUUCCUUUCUGGGCCACAAUGGGGCUGGCAAGACCACCACGAUGUCAAUUUUGACGGGCCUCCUGCCUCCAAGCUCGGGAACAGCCUAUCUCAUGGGAAGGGACAUCUGUUCUGAAAUGGACAUCAUCCGGAAGACAUUGGGAAUGUGCCCGCAACACAAUGUUCUCUUUGACAUCCUUACAGUUGAGGAACACAUAUGGUUUUAUGGACGUUUGAAGGGUCUCUCCGAGCAGGAAGUCCAAGACGAGACGGAGCAGAUUAUACAAGACGUGGGGCUGCCCCACAAGCGACGGGAUCCGACGAAGAACCUCUCGGGUGGCAUGCAACGCAAGCUCUCGGUGGCCAUUGCCUUUGUGGGGGGCUCCAAGGUGGUGAUUCUGGACGAGCCCACAGCCGGGGUCGACCCUUACUCUCGCCGAGGCAUCUGGGAGCUUCUCCUGAAAUACCGACCAGGUCGGACGGUCAUCCUCUCCACCCACUACAUGGAGGAGGCUGAUCUGCUCGGCGACCGAGUGGCCAUCAUCUCCCAGGGCCGCCUCUGCUGCUGCGGCUCCUCCCUCUUCCUGAAGACCAAGCUGGGCACCGGCUACUACCUGACCCUGGUGAAGCGGGAGGCGGGCAGGGCUGCUCCGAAUGGCGUCAAUUCUACCACAAGAAACGGAUUUGGAGACUCCAUGGAUUAUUUCACGGAAAGCCGAGGAAUUUAUAGCUUAGGGAGGGAAUUCUGGGAUUCCACACUGCUUGUUCAGCUGCUCUCUCUCUCUGUGUGUGUCUCUUCUUUGGCUCCGCCAGGUCGGACGGUCAUCCUCUCCACCCACUACAUGGAGGAGGCUGAUCUGCUCGGCGACCGAGUGGCCAUCAUCUCCCAGGGCCGCCUCUGCUGCUGCGGCUCCUCCCUCUUCCUGAAGACCAAGCUGGGCACCGGCUACUACCUGACCCUGGUGAAGCGGGAGGCGGGCAGGGCUGCUCCGAAUGGCGUCAAUUCUACGAACAGAAAGGCUGACAGCGACUCAGAAAUAAGCUGCGACACCGGGCUGGGGAGUGAACAGAACAGCGAGGCUACCUCUGUUGACGUGACCCAGCUGACGUCUCUGAUCCAAAAGCUGGCCCCUGGCUCUCGGCUGGUGGAAGAUAUAGGUCAAGAACUGCUCUACGUCCUGCCCUAUGGUGGAUCCAAAGAUGGCGCCUUUGAGGGGCUGUUCCGGGAACUAGACGCUCAUCUGAACGAACUUGGGGUCUCCGGAUACGGUAUUUCCGACACCAGCUUGGAAGAGAUCUUCUUAAAGGUGGCCGAGGACACCCGUGUAGAUUCCCCAGGGUCUCCACCGACUCUGAGGACGUCAACUCCAGCUUCUGCAUACACCCUCCGGACACUGGGUGAAGAGGUGGAGGUGGCCGAUGCCGAACCAGUCAAAGGACGUAAGAAAGCGGAAGAAGCAAAGGAGACAGAUCUCCUCCGUGGUGGUGGUGGUGGGCCAGCUUCUCACCGGUUGACAGGCUGGGACCUGACAGUACAGCAACUCCGUGCGCUUUUUACGAAGAGAUUCCUGUACGCCACGCGGAGCAGAAGGGGGUUCUUUGCUCAGAUUGUGCUUCCGGCCAUUUUUGUUUGCAUCGCCCUCCUCUUCAGCUUGAUCGUUCCCCCAUUCGGCAAGUAUCCACCCUUGCGUCUCGAUCCCUGGAUGUACGGGCCCCAGCUCACCUUUUUCAGUGACGACUCACCACCCAGGGAUCAGGACUCGUCCCGGGUCCUGGACGCUCUGCUCGGCGACCCUGGAUUUGGCACCAAGUGCCUUAAGGAAGAGACGAACCUGAAGGAUCCGUGCCAUCCGCCGCCUUCCCACGAGACCGGCUUCAAGGUCCCGGAAGUCCCAGCAUCCGUGGCGGAGAUUUUCCAAACGGGCAACUGGACAUUCGCCAAUCCCUCUCCGGAAUGCCAGUGUAGCUCAGGAGGGUCCCGAAAGAUGUUGCCGGACUGUCCGGAAGCGGCUGGAGGUCUUCCCCCUCCUCAGAUGCGGAUGAAAACGGGGGAUAUCCUGUCCAACCUCACGGGCAGAAACAUUUCUGACUACUUAGUGAAAACCUACCCCACAAUUAUCCGCAAGGGGUUAGGAAGCAAGAAAUGGGUAAAUGAACAGCGGUAUGGUGGGUUUUCUCUGGGUGCCCGCACGUCCCUGGUUCUACCGUCCUCAGAAGAGGUGGCAGCCAUUGUGAAGGAGAUCCGCAGCUUCGUUGUCAUUCCAAAGGGGAGCUCCCUGGACAGGUUGCUGAGCAAUCUAACGCGUUUUGUUGACGGACUGGAUACACAGCAGAACAUGAAGGUCUGGUUCAACAACAAAGGGUGGCACGCCAUGGUCUCCUUCGUCAACGUGGCCAACAACGGAUUCCUCCGGGCCAGCCUGCCAGCUGGCGCCGACCCCGCGCGCUACGGCAUCACGGCGAUCAAUCACCCCCUCAACCUCACCAAGGAGCAGCUCUCAGAGGUGGCCCUGAUGGCCACUUCCGUUGACGUGCUGGUCUCCAUCUGUGUGAUAUUUGCCAUGUCCUUCAUCCCGGCCAGUUUUGUCCUCUUCUUGAUCGAGGAACGGAUCAGCAAGUCCAAGCAUCUCCAGAUCGUCAGUGGGAUGAAACCGGUGGUUUAUUGGUUCGGCAACUUCGCCUGGGAUAUGUGUAACUACCUCGUCCCGGCGGUCUUGGUGGUUUUAAUAUUUCUGUGCUUCCAGCAAAAAUCGUACGUCUCAUCAGCCAACCUCCCGUCUCUCAUUUUGCUGCUUCUUCUCUAUGGCUGGUCCAUAACGCCCUUGAUGUACCCGGCCUCCUUCUUCUUCAACGUCCCAAGCACCGCUUACGUCGCCUUGACGUGCGUGAAUCUUUUUAUCGGCAUCAAUGGGAGUGUGGCCACCUUUGUCCUAGAACUGUUUGUUGACCAGAAUUUGAACAGGAUCAACGUUAUUCUGAAAAAGGCCUUCCUCAUCUUUCCGCAUUUCUGCCUGGGCCGCGGGCUGAUUGACAUGGUGAAAAACCAAGCCAUGGCGGAUGCAUUGGAACGGUUUGGGGACCACACUUUUGUAUCUCCGCUAAGCUGGAACGUGGCUGGGAAGAACAUGUUUGCCAUGGCCAUUGAGGGCGUGAUCUUCUUCUCCUUCACCCUCCUGGCCCAGUACAAGUUUUUCAUCCACCUCCGGCCCUUUCCUGUCAAGCUCGCCCCAUUGGGGCCAGAAGACGAAGACGUGGCCAAAGAAAGAAAAAGGGUCACCAGUGGGAUACCGAGGGGCGACAUUUUAGUGCUUCAAAACCUGACCAAGGUUUAUCGGAGGAGUAAGAAACCAGCGGUGGAUCGCUUAUGUUUGGGAGUCCCAGCAGGAGAGUGUUUUGGCCUCCUGGGCGUGAAUGGGGCUGGAAAGACUUCGACAUUCAAAAUGUUGACGGGGGACUCGGAGGUGACUUCGGGAAAGGCUUUUCUGAAAGGACAUAGUGUCCUCAAAGACCUGCAGGAGGUCCAUCAAAACAUGGGCUAUUGCCCUCAGUUCGAUGCUAUCAACCCCCUGCUGACCGGCCGGGAACACCUGGUUUUCUACUGCCGCCUGCGUGGCAUUCCCGAGGGUGAAAUCCCAGGGGUGGUUAAAUGGGGCUUGUCAACACUCGGGCUCAUGCAAUAUGCGGACCGACCUGCCGGCCGAUACAGUGGAGGCAACAAGCGGAAGCUCUCCACGGCCAUUGCCCUCAUCGGAGCCCCACCGGUCAUCUUCCUGGAUGAGCCGACAACAGGAAUGGAUCCCCACGCCAAACGGUUCUUGUGGAACUGUAUCCUCGGUGUGAUAAAAGAUGGAAGAUCCGUCGUACUCACUUCUCACAGCAUGGAAGAGUGCGAGGCCCUGUGCACCCGGAUGGCCAUCAUGGUGAACGGGCGUUUCCAGUGUCUUGGGAGCGUGCAACACUUGAAGAACAAGUUCGGCGAUGGAUACACCAUUAUCCUCCGCAUCUCCGGUGCCAACCCGGACACAGGUCCUGUGGAGAAAUUCAUCCAGGACUCCUUCCCGGGCAUCAUUCUCAAGGAGAAGCACCACUCCACGCUCCAGUACCAACUGCCUUCUCACGGCUGCUCCCUGGCCAGAAUUUUUGGUGUCUUGGCAGCACACUGGAGCGACUACCACAUAGAAGACUACUCCGUAUCACAAACCACCCUUGAUCAGCCUUAUUUCUGUCAUUUUAAGGACUCCUAGCUUUACAAAAUUCUUCACCCAUUGCUAUAUCACGUGCCCUCUGAAAUGACAGAGCC